CGACGAAUAACAACAGCGGACGAUUUCGCCCAUGCACCUUUUUUUACAGGGCUAGGCUCCAUGAAUUGCCUUGCAUCCAUUGACACAGAAGCAUGGUACGCGGGGGAACUGAGGUAGACUACGUCUUUGGGCCAAUGGGGAGGCGGUGACCUGGACAUCACCGUGGGAAUAUCUAAGGGCGGACCUCAUUGCUGCAACGCAUCAGCUCACUUUCCUUCUUCCUCCGUCAUCUUAAUGGGUCGUUCAUCGACCAAAUCGGUUGCUCGAGUAUACGCCGACGUCAAUGCGAAACUUGGCCCUUCAUGGCACGAAUAUGGUGCGCAAGGCUGGCCUCGAACUUUGCUGCUGUUAUUCCUGACAUCGCUCUGUUUCAUAGACAACCUACAGGUCCAAUGGGGCUCUCAAGAUCACUAUGAAAUCGUUCGGAAAGUGGGUCGGGGAAAGUAUUCGGAGGUGUUCGAAGGCAUCAAUGUCGUGACAGAAGAAAAGUGCAUCGUCAAGGUCCUAAAACCCGUGAAAAAGAAGAAAAUCAAGCGAGAAAUCAAGAUCUUACAAAACCUGGCCGGAGGGCCCAAUGUCGUCGCGCUUUUGGAUGUCGUUCGAGAUCAAGCCUCCAAGAUACCAAGUCUAAUCACAGAAUACGUCCACAACGUUGAUUUCAAAGUUCUCUAUCCCCGUUUCUCCGACUACGACGUCCGUUUCUAUAUGUAUGAGCUGCUAAAAGCUCUAGAUUUCUGCCAUUCGAAGGGCAUCAUGCACCGAGAUGUAAAGCCGCACAAUGUCAUGAUAGAUCAUGAGCUUCGCAAGUUGCGGCUCAUCGAUUGGGGUCUUGCAGAGUUCUACCAUCCGAAAACUGAAUACAAUGUCAGGGUUGCUUCCCGCUACUUCAAGGGUCCUGAGCUACUCGUUGACUUCCAAGAGUACGACUAUAGUCUAGACAUGUGGAGUUACGGGUGUAUGUUUGCUUCAAUGAUCUUCCGCAAGGAACCAUUCUUCCACGGUCACGACAACUACGAUCAACUAGUCAAGAUUGCUAAAGUGCUAGGCACUGACGAAUUGUUUGCUUAUAUCGACAAGUAUCACAUCCGCCUGGAUGCCCAGUAUGACGAGAUCCUUGGCCGGUAUCCUAGAAAACCGUGGACGCGAUUUAUAACAUCAGAAAAUCAGCGCUAUAUUUCGAAUGAGGCUAUCGACCUGUUGGACAAGUUGCUGCGAUAUGACCAUCAGGAUCGUCUGACCGCCCGCGAGGCACAACAACAGCCCUACUUCCUACCUAUACGACAAAAGGAAGCUGCCGGGAACGAUUCAGCUGUAUCAGAAUGAUUGCUGCUCCAAUACGCUCUAUCUCUGUUGUUUCUGCUUAUGUAUAUAGAUCGUUCUAAAUUUUGCCUCUUUGUAUCUCCCCUUCUGGCAUCGGAUGUCAUGCCGAUGUCAAUGUCUCUUGGAUAUUCUGCCUGCCACGCACAAGUGAUUUCUAGUACAACUGAAAACCACAUGCACUGACUACCUAUUCUAACCUAAGAAGCUCACACUCUAAUCUUGCAC